AUGCUUCAAGACCCCAUGCCUGGGGUGCCUGCGGCGGUACUGACAAUCACAAGAUCACCUCGACGGGGUAUUGUACUUGUAGAAGCUGCGCAUGUAACAUGCCGGGGUGCUGACCCAAGAUCUGACGGAGACACCAACUCAGGAACGUGGGUUUUGCACAGCCUCGAUUUGGGAGUCCUCUUUGUCGACGCCAGAAAUAAGCUUAGACAUGCUGUCCCACUUCCCUACUCGUCUGUCCGAGUUCCUUCUUACAGUCUGCACACUCUCUUUAAAUCUGGACAACUAUCGCCGCCCCAGCAAGAGAAGGGCCAGCAGGAGGAAGAGGUCUCGUUCUCACCUGUGCAACACUUUUUCGUAGCACACAUAUAUAUUAAAGACAAAGCACUGACCUGUAGCCUUUCUCCCCUUUUCCCAUACCUGCCCAUCGCAUCGUUAUCAUCGCCAUCCGGAGCCCAGUUGGACUACGGAUACGGUCCCUCGCCACCUCCAGCCGAACGAAGCCUCUCACGAUCUACGGCAAUGAUAGACACCCCCCUGUCCACCUCCCGACCAGGUCUUCUCUCGCUAACCAAGAGCCUCCUGUUCACUCUCCUCUGCGGGAUCGUCGUUCUGAUCUUUGAACACAGCUGCCGCCUUCGAGCUGAGAUCCUCGAAGAGAAAAGCGAAAUCGGGGUCCCCAAGGACACCAAGGCCAUGGGCGACGAUGCCUUCCCCGAGACCAAGACUCAGUUCACUGCUACAAGCGCCGCCGGUCAAGCUAGACCUGUCGUUCUCGUGCCUCAAGUCCGCCCACAUGUCACCGCCGAGCCCCACGGACAGUCAACAGGCAAGGCCGACAAUAAAGAGAAUCGUGACCUUGGUCAGAAGGCCAAAGACGCGAGCCACCGAACCGCUUAG